GGAAGUGAAUGUGAAGCAAGCAUGGCGUCGGUCGCGGUUGCUCUCAGUACGCGAGCAGCAGCCUUGCUGAGCCCCGUGGCACCUGCAGCUCUUACAAUCAGGUAUGCAUCCAAGAAGACAGGUGGCAGCUCUAAGAACCUUGGUGGAAGAUCACCAGGCAAACGCUUCGGCAUCAAGAAAAUGGAAGGUCACUAUGUUCAUGCUGGCAACAUCCUUGGGACUCAGCGUCAUUUUAGAUGGCACCCAGGCGCCCAUGUGGGACUUGGGAAGAACAAGUGCCUCUAUGCCCUGGAGGAGGGGAUAGUCCGCUACACGAAGGAGGUCUACGUGCCCAAUCCCAAAAACUCGGAGGCUGUGGAUCUGGUCACCAGUCUGCCCAAGGGUGCUGUGCUCUACAAGACUUUUGUCCACGUGGUUCCUGCCAAACCUGAGGGAACCUUCAAACUGGUAGCCAUGCUUUGAAGUCCUGGUGAGACUAUUGCAAGGAGACUGGAGCCCAGGUCAUGGGAACAAGUGAUAGCAGAAGUCAAGUGUCAGGGGAGGACAGGGUCUCCAUGGGAGAGGCCUACUGGAUGGUGACUCCCCGGCAGUCUUCAUGCUGUGACGACUGGAAACCCUUUGGUAGCUGUGGCAUGAGUAUCAAUAAACCAUCUGCCAUUUGGGGACAAACCCCAG